GUCAAUGUCAAAACUUGAAUCAUCAGUUUCAAUAUUUAGGCAAACUUGAAUUUCUUUGUAUAAAGGACUCGAUUAAAAUAUUUCGUUAUGGAUGAUCCUGAACUUGAAAGAAUUCGUCAGCAACGGCUAGCCCAAUUGCAAGCGCAACAUGGGGGCACAGGAGAUCCUAAUCAUGGUAAAGCCCAAGAAGAAAAGAUGAGAGCUAUGGAAGAUGCAAAACAUUCGAUUUUGGCCCAAGUGCUCAGUCAAGACGCGAGAGCCAGAUUGAACACAAUAAAGCUCAGUAAGCCAGAAAAAGGAACUAUGGUUGAAAAUAUGAUUUGUAGAAUGGCACAGAUGGGUCAAGUAGGUGGUAAAAUAUCUGAAAAUGAACUAAUUGAGCUGCUGCAAUCUGUUAAUCAACAAAUGCCGAAGACAACAAGCACUGUCAAGUUUGAUCGCCGUAGAGCUGCUCUCGAUUCUGAUGAUGAUUUUUAGCAAAUGGAAAGAUCUUAUUUUUAUACAAAGCUUUUAGCUGCCUUUUUGUGUAACUCAGAAAUUAUCUUGUAUUUUUUAAAGCUAAUGGUGUCUGAAUAGUUUAAGAAAGCAUUUUAAUGACUGUCUUAAAUGUCUGUUUUAAUUUAACACAUUAAAGUG